AAAAGCCUCGACACACGCUCGCCUACGCGACCCAGACGGCGGCCCGUGGCGCGCGGGGAUGAACGCGGCGUGCUGCGCGAGACCGAGGCCCGGCCACGUAGCGCUGCGGCCGGAGGCAGCGCGAGUCUGUGCACGAGAAGGAAAAAAAUGCGGACGGCUCUUAGAAACUAGGGGGAAAGGCAACAAAAAAUAAAUAAAUAAAAAGUCUUCUGAGCGAGGAAAAAAAAAAAAAAAAAACACCCGUACACCGCGGAGGCACAGUGGACGCAGGUACAGCGAGCUAGCGUGAUGUUUGCAGCCCCGAAUCCCUGCAGCACUGAUUGCGCGCGAUGAGGAAGAGGGCGCUCGCGCCGAGGGUCCCAGGUCACCGACUGCUGCAGGAACAGCCUGGACGGGUUCCCCGGCUACCUGCCAGCGAAUGAACUGAACAGCUGUGAGGUCCUCGGAGAGCUGCGUGUCGAGCCAUGCUCGUCUUGGGUUCUUGCCGUGAGGAAGAUAGCUACCGCUGAGGGAGCAGCCUUUGCAACAGUAUUUCAGCGCUGCUUCAUUUUCUUGGUAUCGUAGACACUGUCAAGGCCACAGGCCACCGUGACCAGUUAUUCACCUAAGCUGUAGAAAGUGCAUAUAUUGGAUUUAAAAAAUAAAAGCUAUUUUUUAAUUAUUAUCAUCAUCGAUUGGGGUAGGUUUUAAAGAACAUAAAAUUUUCUCCAGAACGUUUUGUACAACUGCAGGACCUAUGGCAGCCAGCUUUGGGUAAGAUUAGCCCUCUCCGUUCUUCUGUCCGUGUGUUCUGGGGAGGGGUGUGGGGUUGGCGUGACCCCCACCCCUCCUUGAGGACCCCCUGGGGUGGUUCAGUAGCUUCUGCUAGAGCAAAAGCAGCAGCAAGGAAAAAAAACAAUACAGGCCCCAACGGACAGCGCCCCCUUCUCCUCUCCCUCCCCCUUCCUCCCCACCCCCCAAGAUAGGUCUCCGAUGAAAUCCGGUCAGGACUUCAAGGAGGAGGUCUCUGCCCCCAGCAGUGGCGUGAUGGCCCAGGAUGACGGGCGGAGAGCGCACAUGCCACAGGGUUACUACCACACCCAGCCUCCUGAGCUGGACCUCUCCAGCAAGCUGUACAAGCGGGAGAGUGGCGGAAAGCCGUACUCAGUGCUGGUGGACAGCAAGCUGGGAUCCAAGGGCCUCUUGGGGGAACAGGCCCCAGGGCACGUGAAUCCUCCCCAGCAGCAGCCGCAGUAUUACAGAGAAGGAGGUACAGUGGGACAGGAGGGGGGUGCAGGGGGGACGCCUGGUGCCGCCCAGCAGGCUGGGGCAGAAACGUCUGAUGACACAGAUGGCUCUGAGGAUGAAGAGGAGGAUGAGGAAGAAGAGGGUGAUGAUGAUGUAGCGGACUCUUUCAAACGAGAGCAGAUCAUUGUGGAGGUGAACUUGAAUAACCAGACCCUCAACGUGUCGAAGGGUGAGAACAAGCAGGCCUCUCCCCUGGCAUCCGCAGAGCCCUCAGACAGGGUCAAGUCUGGGAGUGAGGAAGAUGAGGAGGAGAGUGUGGAGGAGGAGGAAGAAGAGGAGGAUGACGAUAAUGAAGAGGAGGAAGAGGAAGAAGAGGAGGAAAACGAGAGCCGAAGAACAAGAGCCAAGAAACCUCGCAGAGGUGGAGUCGGCACGCAGCCGCAGCGCAAGACCCGCCGGGCGACCAUGGUAGCCGCAAGCGCCGCUACCCCUGGCAUGACAACCAGGGGCAGGCGGAGGUGUGCAGAGCCGCCCAAGAAGAAAACGCGGCCAAGCAGGGAGAGCAAAACGACAGUCUCGAGACCAGCCCCCGGUGACACUGCCACGCCCGCAGGGAAAGGAGCCGCAGAGGAGCGGGAGACGCUGGCCUGUGAAAAGUGCCCACGUGUCUUCAACACCCGCUGGUACCUGGAGAAGCACAUGAACGUGACACAUCGCCGCAUGCAGAUCUGUGACAAGUGUGGCAAGAAGUUUGUCCUGGAGAGCGAGUUAGCGCUGCACCAGCAGACGGACUGCGAGAAGAACAUCCAGUGUGUGUCCUGCAACAAGUCCUUCAAGAAGCUGUGGUCUUUACACGAGCACAUCAAGAUUGUGCACGGGUAUGCCGAGAAGAAGUUUGCCUGCGAGAUCUGCGAGAAGAAGUUCUACACCAUGGCGCAUGUUCGCAAGCACAUGGUCGCCCACACCAAGGACAUGCCCUUCACCUGCGAGACAUGUGGGAAAUCCUUCAAGCGCAGCAUGUCCCUGAAGGUGCACUCGCUGCAGCACUCGGGCGAGAAGCCUUUUCGUUGUGAGAACUGCGACGAGAGGUUCCAGUAUAAGUACCAACUGCGUUCCCACAUGAGCAUCCACAUCGGCCAUAAGCAGUUCAUGUGCCAGUGGUGCGGGAAGGACUUCAACAUGAAGCAGUACUUUGACGAGCACAUGAAGACACAUACAGGGGAAAAGCCCUUCAUCUGCGAGAUCUGCGGGAAGAGCUUCACGAGCCGACCCAACAUGAAGCGGCACCGGCGGACGCACACGGGCGAGAAGCCGUACCCCUGCGACGUGUGCGGCCAGCGCUUUCGGUUCUCCAACAUGCUCAAGGCCCACAAGGAGAAGUGUUUCCGCGUCACGAGUCCUGUGAACCUGCAGCCAGCUGGCCUCCCCCUGCCGCUCCAUAUCCCCGCCCCUUCCUCUUCCUCUGGGCCAACCCCUGCCGGCCCCGGUCCUGUCCCUGGCCCCGCCUCAAUAGCAUCCUCCGGGCCCGCGGCCGGCAGUCCUCCGGCCCCCUCGGCACCUCUGGGCCUCAGCCCCUCCGGAGGGGCCAGCCUCCCGCCUCGAGCAGUGGGACACGCUUACCCACAGCUGCACCUGCACACACACCCUUCCCACCAGCACCACCAGCACCACCACCACGCACCGCAUCCACCACCACACCACCACCUCUCUGUGCCGCCCGUCUCACACCUGCCGCCUCCCCCUGCCCUGUUCAAGAGUGAGCCACUCAACCACCGUGGGCACGAGGACAGCUACCUGCGCCACAUGGCCUCCCCAGACAAGAGCACAGGUGCCCCCCAGCACCAGUGAACACGGUCGGCCAUAGUGCCAGGGGACAGAGAGAAACGUGUUUUAAAUGAGUUUGUCUUCACUAUCCUUUUGGAAUGCCUCUGUUUUCAUAACAUCCAGGAUGUGAGAGAGAGACCCUGAGAGCAUCACACACCGGCAGUGUGUGUGCUGUCUAUUACCUGUGAGCCUGUGUGUGUGUGUGUGUGUCUGAGAGUGUGUGCGCAAACAAGAGUAUGUGAGCAGUAGCCCCAUUCCCCAGGACUCAAGGUCUCUUACAGGGUGGGCUUGCAGUGGUGGGAGGUGUUCCUUAACUGGCUGCUUAUUACUUCAGACAUCAGUUAGCAUUACAGCACCACAUCCCGUUGUCCCCCUUCAGUAACGUUUGGUAGCGUAUAUGGAUCGGAUCUGUGUGUAUGUUUCUGUGUGUAUGCUUGGAGAACGAGUACAAAUGUGGCAUUCGUUCUGGUUCCACAAUGGUGAAAUUGUCACCGAGGUGUAACGUUUUGUUAUAUGGGUUAUUUCUACUCGUCUCUGCAACAGUAGCUUUGGGGAGCAAGGAGCAUGGAUUUUAGUGUUUUCCCGUAAAACAAACAAAAACACAGUACUGUUUUGGUCACCUGAGCUGUUCGUGCAACAUGGACACGGCAGCUCUGCGAAACACUAGUUCAGGCUCGGUGGGCGUGCGGCUCCUUGAUCGUGACAAGUCGGACUUUGAAGUCUGCUGUGAUGGUGCUGAUGUGGCACUUAAAGAAAUGUUUAAGUUUAAUUCAGUUUUUCAUUCAAACAUUGAACUUUUAAACAUUAAACACAUUUUGAACCUUUGAACAGGAAACGUUUUCAUUUGAACUUUCCACGUUAGUCAUUUUCCUUGUGUGAGGGUUGCUUGGGGAAGCAGCAGGGGGUUGAGCGGGCACGUCCAAACCUUGCUUUCUCCAGCUGCUCCUGGGAAAACCAAAGGCAUUCAAGAGACGCGAUUCCUCCAUGUCCUGGGUCAGCUCGGGGGUCUUUUCCCAGUGGGAUGUGCCUGGUAUAACUCCAGAUGGAGCCAACCAGGGGCCAUUUUUAUGACAUUCCUGAACCACCUCAACUGGAUCCAGAGAACAAGAGACUUCUCUGGGGCUCUUAAGGAUAGUGGAGUCCUCACCCCUCUAGUCAGUCUAGGUUCACACCACUCAUGCCUGCCACUUCUCUGGAUUUGUGUCUGACCUCCAUGCUUCACCUUGCACGUAAGGAGCUCGGGUUAUGACUCCAUGUCUCCAUUUCAGGCUGAGUCCAUGUGGGUUACAUGGGUGACCUCCCCACAAGGCACUCCUGUGGCUCCAGGAAAUUUUUUUUUUUUUUUUUUUUUUUUUUUUGGUGUGUCAGCAGGGUGGACUUUUCCAUGUGUACUCAUGGAGAUUUGUGGACAGUUCAUGAUCUAGCUUCUACCUACAGACCCGUUCACUAACGGUAACCCUGUCAGGAACACAAGGCUCUAGACAUUGCAGCUUGAUGGUUUACACAAGGCCUCAACCACCACGCCAACGUGAGUUCCUUGGUGGAGACUCUUCAUGGCUUCCCCCCCAUAACAUUUAUAACAUGAUUUUGGCAUCUUGCUGCAAAGUGUCCAGUUGGCCCGUAACUCCGCCCCUUGUUUAUGGCUUGUUGAACACUUGUUGCUCCAUCCCCUUGCUUCUCCGAGUGCUACCUAUUGUGUGUCACUUGAGAGAAUUAGUUAAACUUUGAGCUCAAUUUAGCUUUUGAACGAAAUCCAAAACAUAUCACAGCGGUGCUCUUGUCAUUCUCCUCUUCCCACAGCCUUCCCCAUGAGCUGCUUGAUCGUGUCUCUUGAUGGGUUCUCACUUUCGAGCAGCUGGUCUUCAUUACUCUGGGAGGGCAAUGGGAAGCUGUCCAUCAGGUUCAGCCCCACCCAGUAGCUACACCACCCAUCAAUAUUAAAUGUUUAUGCAUUUAGCUCAUCUUUUUCUACAGAGCAGCUAAUAACAUUGAACUGCACACAAUGAGUUACUCAUUUAUACAAAUAAGCCAUUUUUACUGGUGCAUUUUAGGGUAAGUACCUUUCUCAAGGUUACUACAGCAUAAGGUAGGAUUUGAACCUUCAUCCUCCAAGUCUGAAGGUAGCAGCUUUAAGAACUACACUACUUGCUGCCUGAGGAGAGGCUCCUAAGUCCUGUUUUAGCUGUUAAUGUUCUUUCAAGCAGGGAAAAACGUACUAAUUUCUGACCCUUCAAGAUUUUAAAACAAAUUAAUUUUAUUUCUUUAAAUACUAAUUUCUUAGCUUGAGACUGGUGGCGAGCAGCAGCCUGAGCCUUCAGUUGUAUUGCUCUCACAAAUCUGUUGCUUCUGUUGUCACUUUGCCACGUUACUCGAUUGCAGGACGAUUGUCAUGAUUCUGAAUAACACCUAUUCUGAGGUUCUGCUCUUCUAAGUCGUGACCAUGCAUAAUGUAAUUGCAUGGUUGUAUUUUUUUCAUAAUGUGGCUGUUAGUUAUUUUAAAAAACAGUUAUCUGCUGCUUACCGUGGGUGCAUCCCCACAUAGAAAUACUACACUUAUGUAAGUGCUGCUGUUUUUUUGUUUUCUUUUGUCCCCCCCUUCCCUAUUUUCACAUGAAAUUCUUGUGAAUUUGUAAUAGACCAUUGGUUGUUUUUUGACCUGCUGCGGUACAGGAUGAAUGAGAGGCGCCUGGCUGGUUGGCUCCCCGUCAUAAGAGCAUCGUUCAUUUCACUGAUGCACUAACCUUUUUCCUGGCAAAUCCAGUGAAUUAACAACAGUUCCUUCAGAUAUGAUUACAGCUUGUUUCCUUUAUUGAACUUAUGGUGGUUGGCAUGUGUGCAUUUCUUCAGUGUUUCUCAAGCUGCUUCACAGCAAGAAGACCUUAGGUCCUUCUUUAGAACUAGAGGUAGUGUUACAUCUCCAAGGCAUUGUUGAAGGACUGUUUUCCUGGGGCGGAGAAAACACAUUUCACAUCAUGUAGGUUCCCAAAUGUCGAUCUGAGGUGGUGGUGUUUGUUUUUUUUUGGGGGGGGAUCCCUCCUGUUAGUGUUUGACAGCAUGCUUGGUUGCUCACUGGCUGUCACCAAGCUUCCCAACAAGCGUUGAGAAAGCCAUCAUCAGUGACCCUCGUUGUGUGUAUGUAUGCAUGUCUGUGUGUGAGUGAGAGCUCAUAGAUGUCUUCUAUUCACUAGUUCCCAUAUCCAAGGGGGGGGUCCUGUGGCUGACCCUACAAAUUACCCAUGACUCCCUGUGCCAAGGAGCAUUCUAUUCACAUGUCCAUGCACUCUAGUGCCUGUGCAGUCUUGCAGGCACAUGUAGGUCUCAGGAACUUUUGGUCACCAUCCUACAAUUGCAUUCAGUAUGCUUACAGGAGUUUAGUUUUUAUAGUUUUUUUUUUUUUUUAAUUAAAGAUGAAUAAUUAUGACAAGUAUGUUCUCACGUCUGUGCAGCAAGUACAUGUCUUAAGUGACUGUCCAGGAACAUUGAUCAUACGCUCCCCUGCCGUGGCUAAGACCAACCUCCAUGGUCCUUCACCUCAUGCUUUGUUACCAAGCUGCUUUCUGAACACGGUCAUUCUGUGUAUGUCAAGAGUUUGAUUAAGGCAGGUUUCACACGUGACUGUUCUGUGUCCGUAUCGUAUGGUCGUUUGGUUAUUCUUUGGAAAUGGUAUGUCUGAUUGUAGAGCUUGGCCAAGGAGAGACGGGCUGGUCUUGACAGGUUGGUUCACGUUAUGUUAACGUUCACGUUGUCCACAUGAGUGGUGCAUAUGUCUGUCCUUGAGAAGAUGGAGGGGAUAAAGCGGAGAGAGCUGUCCUGUGGAGCAAAUUCAGCAUUCAAGAGCUCUUCUCUUUCGCAGUCCAUGCUGGCAUUGCUUCCCUGCGGUGUUUUCAGGAUGUUCUCCAAGCCGACUGUGAUCAACUGAUGUUCGGUACCGCUUUCCAAGCGUUAUUUUGUGUUGUUUAGAACCCGCUGCACUUUACUGCUGUGUGUUUGCAAUGUGGUGAAGGGUGGGAGGCUGCCGCAAGCAUCCUGGGAAGUCGAGAAAAGUCUCCCAGAGGAUGCAGAUGACAGAUGUCUUUGAAGCAGGACAGAGGAAAUUGGGGAGGGGGGCAGGGGGGGAGUAACUGGACAGAGAGGACAAAAUCCUGACUUGCAGACGUUUUGUUUGGCCAACUUGGAUCCAGGGAUGACGACUUUAUGGACUCCAGAGAACAUGAGGCUCUCCCUUUGGUGCUUUUUUUUUUUUUUUUUUUUUUUUUUUUUUUUUUUUUUUUUUUUUUUUUUUUUUCUUCCCCCUCCCCUCCAUGGACUCCAGUAUUGUCAAUCUUCCACAAGCCCCUCCCCCAGGCUCACUCAACUCCACCCUCUGUAUCCCGCAUUGAACAGGAUGCUUCUUUGUCAUUUGUAUUGGGUUCCCAUUUAUUAAUGUUUUCCCCCCUCUGUUCUGUUGUAUAUGUCUCCUUUAUCUUUGUUAUAUAGAGAUGCACUUUCUACUAAAAUCAUUGCUAGUUUAAAAAAGAAAACAAUACUGAGUUCUAUUCUUUAAAGAUGUUUUAAAAAGCAAUCUACUUUUUAUGUAUUUUUAACCACUUAAUGUAGCAUUGUGUAUUUUAUUCUGGUGAGUAUCUGGUACACAUUGUGCAGCUUUAUGAUGUUUUUGGAGUUGGAGAGGAAGUGCUGGGCCUUUUGAUAAUGUGCAUUUAACAGACUUUCUGCUAACUUUCAAAGUAAAAAAAAAAAAAAGUAGCCAUAAUUAUGACCCAGUGGCUUUGCUGUCUUUUUUUUUUUUUCUUUUUUCUUUUUUUUUUUGGGCCACUGAGAGAGUUUGCAUUAUGGUUGUGUGUUAUAUGCAGGACAAGAUUCAAGGUCACCCUCAAGUCGUAAUUAUGUUGUUUUCGCUGCAUUACGAUGUAGCUAGCAAACGUGGAACUCUCCUGGCACAGAAUGCAACUUGGAGAUGGAAAAUCACAGCGGUGUCUCGGAAGCAACACGAAUACACCUUUUAAAGAAUGUUGCAUUAAAGU